AAUCAGUUUUGUUCCGAUCGCGCCACAGCGCACUUCGCACCACCACCGGCCGGCCGACCAAUUCGAGAAAACCGGGUUUCACGAGAAAUUAAGAAUUACGUGAAUACGAGUAUCCGUGCGUUUCGCGAGCUCCAGAGUCCGGCAAUUUCAUGCGACAUUUCGCCGAUUAAAUGCGGCAGCUAAAAUGUAAAUUCGACAGUGCCCGCGAAGCAAGCAAAAAAAUAAAACCGAAACUUAAUUAAUUAAUAAAAUCGAUUAAAAGUUAAACAGCCGGUUUUGCGGAGAGUCUCUCCAUUUCAGCGCUUUGAUGAUUAUGUUUUGGCAACAAAAUGUAGAUCAAGAAUCCAAGCAGAAGAAUCCUGAAAGCCCUGCGGGUUCUAAGAGUCCUUCGCGGCGUUUUAACAUCAGUUUUAAUGUGAAAAUAGCCGUGAAUGUGAACACCAGGAUGUGCAAUAGCCACCUCAGCCAGCAGGCCUCGUCGUCCUGCGAGAAUAUCGUCCAGGAACGCCGCAAUACCUUCGAUCUCCGCCAGAAACUCACCCGGUUGGGUCGCCAACUUACCAGCGGCCAGGACGGGCAUGGUGGCAUCUCCACGAUUCUGAUCAUCAAUCUCCUGCUUCUCAUCCUGCUCUCCAUCUGCUGCGAUGUGUGCCGUUCCCACGAUGGCCGAGCCUUCAACUACACGGCUCCUCGCAGUCCCGAACCACUCAAGGACCUCAAGCAGAUGGGCCUGCUCCGACCGAAACUGGAUAGCGAUGUAGUGGAAAAGGUGGCCAUUUGGCACAAACACGCGGCAGCCGAUCCUCCCAGCAUUGUCGAAGGCAUAGCCAUAAGUAGUCCGGCUGCAGGGUCGCCGGAUUUGGUUAGCCCUAACAAGGAUUCGCCGGAGCUGGAGCCGGAGCAUGGUCAGGAUCAGGAGCAGAGUGUGGAUGAGAGAGUGGUACUGGAACGGGUCACCCGGGAUUGUGUGCAGCGUUGUAUUGUGGAGGAGGAUCUGUUUCUGGACGAGUUCGGCAUUCAAUGCGAAAAAGCCGACAACAGCGACAAGUGCUACAAGACACGAUGCACCAAGGGCUGUUCUCAGUGGUAUCGCGCUCUCAAGGAACUGGAACCCUGCCAGGAGGCCUGCUCCUCACUGCAGUUCUACCCCCACGAUAUGCCCUGCAUCGCCGCCUGCGAGAUGGCCCAGCGGGACUACUGGCAUCUCCAGCGCCUGGCUAUGACCCAGCUGGUGGAACGGACCCAGCCCCAGUUGGAGCGUUCGCCGCGUUCAGAUGGACAGCCGGCUCCCCUCACAAUACGCUGGGCGAUGCAUUUUCCGGAGCACUAUCUGGCCAGUCAACCCUUCAAUAUCCAGUAUCAGUUUCUCGAUCAUCAUGGCAUCGAACAGGAUGUGGAAGAGGACGAGGAUGAGCAGGUUGUAGAGGGGCAUCAGUCGGCUGAGGAUGAGCGGUCGAGCACUUGGUUGAAUCUGGUGGACUAUGAUUGUGAUGAGUACUAUGUGUGCGAGAUAUUGGAGACUCUGAUGCCAUACACUCAGUAUAGGUUUCGUUUCGAGCUACCUUUCGGGGAGAGCAGCGAGGAUGUCCUUUAUUCGCCACCCACUCCGGCCUAUCAGACUCCGCCCGAAGAAGCUCCCAUCUCUGCGCCGGUUAUCGACCAUCUAGUGGCUCUGGACGAAAGCCAUCUGGCCGUCCACUGGCAUCCGGGACGCUUCACCAAUGGACCCGUUGAGGGCUAUCGCCUGCGUUUAGGAUCAGGGUCAGAAAACAUGACAGAACAGUUAAUGCCUUCGAUGCGGGGUAGCUAUGUCUUCUCCAAACUCCAACCGGCUACCAACUAUAGUCUGGAGAUCACGACGAUCAAUAAACAUGGUGAGGGUCCGGCCGGAAGGGCUUAUAUAGCCACUCUUCCGGCGCGAAAUGAAAAGCCCGUUAAGGAUCUAACCGAGGCUGUGCUCCUGGCCGGAAAGAGGACUAUCGUUUGGCAAUCUCUGGAGCCGGGUGGCGAGAGUUCGAUGAUCUAUCAGUCGCAGGCGGAGCUACUGGACAUAGCCUGGUCACAGCAGCAUCAGCAGCUGUGGCUACUGGACACCUACGGGGAAUUGAGAAGUCUCCAGAUAUCCUCCGGACAGUUGAAGGCUCCCGCCGAGAAGCUUCAAUUGGAGCUGAGGAAUGCAACCAAUGGAGACCAGUGGACGCCAAGGAAACUGAGCUACGACUGGCUACAGCACCGCUUGUACUUCGCCAUGGAGAUCCUGGGAAGGGAUUCCCCUCCGAAGUACCAAUUUGUGUCCACGGAUGUCAAGGGUGAAGCUGUUGCGGUGUUGGGAAGUCCUUUCGAGUUGCCAGUUCUCCAGAUGGAAGUUGAUGCCCUAAACGGUUGGGUCUUCUGGACGGAUGAGCAGGAUCUGUGGCGUCGGGAUAUGAGUGGUGGGGACCGAUUGCGUCUCGCCAGGAUCCGGCAACCAGGAUGGUUUGUCCUGCAGCCGAGGAACUGGCUGCUCCGCUUGCACUUGCCGCAGGAGGAGAAGAUGCUGGAGCUGAGCUACGACGGAGAGUUCAAACAGCCACUGGCCGCUGGAGGAGUUGCCUCCGCCUUCGCCCUGCUGGGUCGCCACCUUCUCUUGGCCAAGGAUCUGAAGCAAUUGAACCUGAUGGACCAAGGAACACAGGCAGUGGCCGCCACGUGGCCCCUAAGGAACGUUCCCGAUUGCUGUUACUCGAUGAUACUCUUGGAUGCGGAUCUCCAGCCGCCGAGCAGCUCCGGAGGAAGACCGCGUCGUCUUAAGGCCCUCCUGGGAUCGCAGGCAGCCAAGAUCUCGUGGCUGGAACCGGAGCACAAUCCAUACCAGUCUCCGAAGGUCUUUCGCAGCUGGAGCUACGAACUGGAGGUCCUGGACGUGGCCAGUCAGAGUGUCUUCAAUAUCAGGAACAUCCGGGUGCCCUUCUUCGGCCUGCAACGCCUUCAGCCGGACAAUCUCUACCAGCUCCGGGUGCGGGCCGUCACAGCGGAGGGCGAGCCUCGGGAGUGGACGCCCUACCUCUCGGCCCGGACGUGGCCACUGGGACCGCAUCGGCUGCGCUGGUCCAGCCAGCAGGGAAGGCUCUAUGUCACGGACGAGCUGGGCGAGGGCUUGGAGGAGCAGACGGGAUUUCCCGCUCUGGCCCAGCAGCCAGGACCCAUGACAAUGGUCAACGAGAGUACGGGAUAUUAUGUCACCGAAAGCGGACAGAUGCACUGCAUCAAUCUGAGGCAUCAGCCGGGGACAUGCCCGAUGCCCGAGCCCGCCAAUCAUGUGGGAUCCGUGACGUAUGACUGGCGGGGAGGGCGUCUCUACUGGACGGAUCUCGCGCGGCACUGUGUGAUUCGCAUGGAUCCCAGGAGUGGGAAGCGUGAACUGUUGCCCAUCUUCGAUGCCCGCUCCCUGGCCGCAGACUCCCGUCAGGGUCACCUCUACUACUCCACCAGGUCCCGCAUAUCCCGACUAGGUGGUACUCCGGAGGAGUCAUUGGACUACAUUCGUAUGACUGGACUGGAGGGCAUCAUCGUCUCCUUUGUCUUGGACACCCAGCAGGAUCUGCUUUAUGGGCUAACCUCGGGAUCCUCCAUCCUUCGGCUAUACAGGACGACGAUGACUUUCUCCGAAGAGGAGCCCCAGAUGGUCUGGGAAAUGAAACGGCAGCACAACCUGCCGCGGAGUCUCCAACUGGUGCGUCCUUUGGGGGCCCUGACUUGGCUGGAACGAGGUGGCCAGAGGGCCCGGUUGUUUCGCCUCACCUCCCCGGAAACCAGUGCCAUGGUCUUGAAAACCCCGUCGGAAGCUUCUCCGGCUACGGCGUUGCAGUUGCAGGGAGAUGAGGUGCCCCCCAUGCCGGACGAUGGAGUAAUUCCCCAGCCAGUGUCCGCCGAGAGUGUGCGUCUGGAUGACGGACACUGGGACGACUUCCAUGUCCGCUGGCAGCCCUCCACCUCUGGCGGAAACCACAGCAUUUCCUACCGGCUGCUCCUGGAGUUUGGCCAGAGGAUCCAGGCCCUGGAUCUGAGCACCCCGUUCGCCCGGCUCACUCAGCUCCCCCAGGCCCAGCUGCAGCUGAAGAUCAGCAUCACACCGCGCACGGCAUGGCGAAGUGGUCCCACCACCAGAGUGGUCCUGACGACACCGCAGGCGGCGCCCACCCAGCCCCGGAGACUGCGCGUCUUUGUGGAACGCCUGGCAGCUCCGCUCAGGGAUCCGAAUGUGAGUGCCCUGCUCCGAUGGGACUCCCCGGAACAGGGACAAGAUGGGGGCGCCAGUGCCGUGCAGGCCUUGGAGUAUCAUAUCAGUUGCUGGCUGGGAUCGGAGCUGCACACCGAGCUCCGGCUGAAUCAGAGUGCUCUGGAGGCGCGCGUGGAGGGCCUGCAGCCGGACGAAACGUAUCACUUCCAGGUGGAGGCCCGGGUGGCUGCCACUGGAGCGGCAGCCGGAGCGGCCAGUCAUGCUCUGCACGUGGCGCCUGAGGUUCAGGCCGUGCCCCGCCUGCUCUACGCCAACGCGGAGUUUAUCGGAGAACUCGACCUGGACACCCGGAGCCGCAGGCGUCUCGUGCACACGGCCAGUCCCGUGGAGCACCUGGCGGUGAUCGAGGGCGAGCAGCGACUCCUGUGGGUCAAUGAGCACGUGGAACUGAUGACCCACGUGCCGGGCACCACGCCGGCCAAACUGGCACGGAUGCGGGCCGAGGUCCUAGCCCUGGCCGUGGACUGGGUCCAGCGGACGGUCUACUGGGCGGAGCUGGACGCCGCUGGCGGUGGUCCGAAGUCGGCGGUGAUCUACCGCCUGGAUCUGUGCCGGUUCGAGGGCAAAAUCCUGCAGGGCGAGCGCAUGUGGAGCACUCCGCGCGGUCGCCUGCUCCGGGAUCUGGUGGCUCUGCCACAUGCCAGUUCCCUUGUCUGGCUGGAGUUCAACGAGACAUCCCCGAGGGAGGGUACCCUCAGAGGCAGGAACCUGACGGAUGGAUCCGCUUUGGAGCUCACCACCCAGCAGCAGGUGAUCCGACUGUACAGCGGCAGCUUGGAACCGGGAGCCGAGACCCUCAACCUGGUGGAUCAGCAGGGCAAGCUGUGCGUCUACGACGUGGCCCGGCAGCUGUGCACGGCCAGCGCUUUGCGGGCUCAGCUGAGCCUCCUCGGCGAGGACUACUCCACCGGACAACUGGCCCAGGAUUCGGGCUACCUCUACGCCCUGAGGAACGCCAGUAUUCGGGCCUACGGCCGGCGGCGCCAGCAGAUGGAGUACUUGGUGGAACUGGAGCCAGAGGAAGUGCGUCUGCUUCAAGCUCACAACUACCAGGCUUAUCCGCCAAAGAGCUGCAUGUUCCUGCCCGCAACGGGAGGAGUGUCCGUGAUGAACGAAGAUCUCGAGUGCCGGGAAGAGGAGUGCCACAUCCGGUUGCCGUGGGUGCGGGCCGGAAAGGAGUGCUCCCUCCCAGUGCCCGGUGUCAGGUACCAGCUGAACCUCACGCUGGCCAAGGAUUCCGAGGAAGUGGCGCCCCUGGGGCAGUGGCUACUGAAUGCAGGGGAUGCCCUGAACAUCACAGAUCUCCAGCCCUUCACCCGAUACACCCUGAAGGGUGUCCUCAGUAGCUUCUACCAAACGAAGCUGGCGCUGCCCACCCUGGAGCUAUCCCCCACCGAGCUUCUAACCGCUCCGGCCACCCCCUCGGCGCCCAGGAACUUCAGCGCCCGGGUCCUGAGCCCCACGGAGCUGGAGGUCAGCUGGCUGCCACCGGAGCAGCUACGCAGCGAGAGUGUCUACUACAUGCUCUACUGGCAGCAGGAGCCGGACGACGAGAACUCCGUGCAGGAUCUCAGGGAGCAGCGCCUGGAGGUGGCGGGGAGUCAUCGCUUGGCGGGCGUGAAGCCCGGAUCUGGGUAUCGUCUCUGGGUCCUGGCCCAUGCCACCCCCACCAAGGCCAACAGCAGCGGUCGCGUCCAUGUGCGCAGCUCGGAGCUCCCGGAGCUGCAGCUACUCGAACUGGGGCCCUACUCGCUCACCCUCACAUGGGCGGGUACGCCGGAUCCCCUGAGCUCCCUCCAUCUGGAGUGCCGUUCGCCGGGCGAGCAGCUCCGCCGGAACGUGGCCGGGAAUCACACUCGCAUGGUGGUGGAGCCACUGCAGCCCCGAACCCGCUACCAGUGCCGUCUCCUUCUCGGCUAUGCCACCACGCCGGGAUCACCGCCGUACAACGGGCCGAUCGAGGAGUACGAGACCCUAGGGGAUGCUCCCAGCCAGCCGGGGCGGCCCCAGUUGGAGCACAUAGCUGGGGAGGUCUUCCGCGUCACCUGGACUCCGGCGAGGGGCAACGGAGCCGCCGUUGUGCUCUACAAUCUGGAGGCGCUCCAGGCCAGGAACAGUCGGAGGCGAAGACGUCGUCGGCGAAGGAAUGCGGAGAGCGGGGGAUCCGUGGAGCAGCUGCCGUGGGCGGAGGAGCCGACGGUGAUGGAGGAUCAGUGGCUGGACUACUGCAACACCACCGAGCUGAGCUGCAUAGUCCGGAGUCUGCAUUCCAGUCGCCUGCUCCUGUUCCGGGUGAGGGCGAGGAGUCAGGAGCACGGCUGGGGUCCGUACAGUGAGGAGAGCGAGCGGGUGGCGGAGCCGUUCGUUUCCCCGGAGAAGAGGGGCUCCCUGGUCCUGGCCAUCAUUGCCCCCGCCGCCAUUGUCUCCAGCUGUGUCCUCGCCCUCUUCCUGGUGCGGAAGGUCCAAAAGCGUCGUCUUCGCGCCAAGAAACUCCUCCAGCAGAGUCGUCCCAGCAUCUGGAGCAAUCUGUCCACCCUCCAGACCCAACAACAGCUCAUGGCCGCCCGGAACCGUGCCUUCUCCACAACCCUGAGUGACGCGGACAUCGCCCUCCUGCCGCAGAUCAGUUGGAGUCAGCUGAAGCUGUUGAGAUUCCUGGGCAGUGGAGCUUUUGGUGAAGUCUACGAAGGACACCUGCAAACCGAGGACUCCAAGGAGCCGCAACGUGUCGCCAUCAAGAGCCUGCGGAAAGGAGCCAGCGAGUUUGCGGAACUCCUCCAGGAGGCCCAGCUGAUGAGCAAUUUCAAGCACGAGAACAUCGUGUGCCUGGUGGGGAUUUGUUUCGAUACGGAGUCCAUAUCCUUGAUAAUGGAGCACAUGGAGGCUGGGGAUCUAUUGAGUUAUUUGCGAUCCGCCAGGACUAAUACCAGUCAGGACUCCCAGCCUGGUCAGGGCUUGUCGCUCUCCGAGCUUCUCGCCAUGUGCCUGGACGUGGCCAAUGGCUGUAGCUAUCUGGAGGACAUGCACUUUGUCCAUCGGGAUCUGGCCUGCCGGAACUGCCUAGUUACGGAAGCCACAGGCGGCACAGGAUCAGAUCGCCGGCGAACGGUGAAGAUUGGAGACUUUGGACUGGCGAGGGACAUCUACAAGAGCGAUUACUAUCGGAAGGAGGGCGAGGGAUUGCUUCCAGUUCGCUGGAUGUCGCCGGAAAGCCUGGUGGAUGGCCUGUUCACCACCCAGUCGGAUGUGUGGGCCUUUGGAGUCCUGUGCUGGGAGAUCCUGACGCUGGGCCAGCAACCGUAUGCGGCGCGGAACAACUUCGAGGUGCUGGCUCACGUCAAGGACGGAGGUCGAUUGCAGCAGCCGCCCAUUUGUCCGGAUAGGCUUUACUCCUUGCUUAUCUUGUGCUGGCGCACAGACCCUUGGGAGCGGCCUAGUUUCCGGCGUUGCUAUAAUACUCUUCAUGCCAUUGGCACGGAUCUCCGUCGGAGUCAGAUGGCGGGAUCCGGCCAGGAGACGGUGGUCAUCUCCCGGACGGAGCCAAAAGUGCGUUUCGAUGAGGAGCCGUCAAGGAAGGAAAAGACAAAGGAGGAGCCGGACACGGCAGAUGAUGGUCUGUCCCUGCAAGAGGUAGCCGCUGGAGAUGCGAGUCCGUUGAAGGAGAAGCAGCUGUACGCCAACGAAGGCGUCUCCAGGCUGUAGGGAUCUAUUUUUCUCACAACGUAAUACACAAACAAAUGUGGUCACAAAUUAGCUUUCCAUUUAAAUUUUAAGAUUUAUUUUUAAGUCACAAUCCUUUGCAAACAUUUUUAGUAAAUAAUAAAAAUUUAUAAAAAAAAAAAACAUAAAAAGUAAAGC